AUGAACGACCGCGCAUACGAGCUAGCGCGCGAGAAGAAGCUGGCGGACCGGCAGUUCCUUGACCCGAAGCCGGAGGGCGUGCCCCUGCGCGAGCUUCCGCUGGACGACGACAGGGACUUCGUUGCGAUGGAGCAGGAGCGCCGGCAGCUGCUGGAGGACCCGCGCAGGAAUGCAAGGGAGAUUGCGGGUCUUGAGCACCGUAUGAACGACCGCGCACAUGAUUUGGGUAGGGAGUUUCACUUUAAAGAACGUAUGUUUUUGCCUCCGGAGCCGAAAGGUGUUCCUCUUUAUGCUUUUGCCGUUAAAUAG